AGACAUACUCGCAGAAUUAAUGCGACAUCUGGCGUAUCAGAAACAUUGGCACUAAGAAAGAUAACCGCGUUUGAAAAAUAACUGGUUUUUUAUCACUGAGUUACUUCCCCUACGCAUUUCCGGUUUUACUUCCGCUUAGAAUUUGCCGUUGAAAAAAACACAGAAAAUAUGAAAAGACGGUGGAAAGGCAAGUUUAUGAAAGCUGGUAAGCGUGCAAGAUUGGAGAAUUUAUCUCAGCAAAUGUCAACUAAGCCGAAUUUGUCAGAAAACAGCGAUUCUACCCUUGAGAAUGACAGUCAAGUUGAAACAGAAAGUGGGUGGGGUAUUGGUCGCAGAAUUGUCGAGUUGAAAUUCCUUGCUGAUCAACUCAAAAGUUGCAAUAACUGUUCAAAGCCGCUACAUCUAUUCAAUAUUUACAAGGAACAACGGGUUGGAUAUGCCAGUAUCCUGUAUAUCUCAUGUGAAUGUGGUAUAUUGAAUAAGAUUUCAACAGGAAAAAGCCAUCGUCCACUUGGCAAGUCAAAACGAGGGAUGCCUGUGUAUGACAUCAAUACAAAAGCUGUAUUAGGUAUAAUCCAUUCUGGCUUGACAUACAGGCAAAUGAAUAGUUUAAUGUCAACUAUGGAAGUAAGAGGCCUACAUCACUCAGCCAUGACCAGACGGGAAGCUGAAAUUCAUCCACAUAUACAAGAUGUCGCUCAUGAAUCAUGCUCAGCAGUUCUUCAAGAAGAAGUACAAAUCAAUAGCCCAACAUUUUCUGGAGGAGAUGACCAAGCAUCAGAUCCUACCAAUAAAGAAGGAAUUUUUAAAUAUGACAUGGGAUGGCAGAAACGAGGUAGUGGUCGAUCAUAUGACAGUAAGUCAGGUGUUGGGACCCUCAUAGGGAACAACACAGGAAAAAUAUGUGCUUUUGGUGUGAGACAGUCAGACUGUAGAAUUUGUACCCGUGACGUAAAUGGAAAUAAAGAGAAUGUCCCACCUCAUAACUGUACUAAAAAUUGGUCUGGUAGCGCAAAAGCAAUGGAAUCAGAUGUUGGAGUAAACCUUAUCAAAUCUAUUGAAAAACAAGGUGUGAAAGUAUCAACAAUAAUUAUGGAUGAUGAUACAACAACUAUGGCCAGAAUUAGACAAGACAUAAACCAUACUGUCAACAAAUGGAGUGAUGUCAACCAUACCACUAAACAUUUAACAAAUAGCCUCUUCCUACUUCAGAAAAAGCACAGAAUUUUAACAAACAAUGUGAUAGCUUACCUCAAGAAAUGUUUUAACUACGCUCUUGCUCAAACGAAAGGAGACUCAUCGGCAUGUAAAUCGCAGAUAGAACAGAUUGUCCCCCAUGCUUUUGGUAAUCAUUCCAUGUGUGGUGAGUGGUGUGGCUUCCAAAAUAAUCCAGACAGUUACACACAUAACACAUUAUCAAAAGACUUAUCUGGUGAGGACCUGAGAAAAGACUUGGAUGCUGUGUUCAAAUCAUUCAGCCAAAACUGUGAAAAAAUUGCACCUGGCGGUUCGACAAAGGAUGUAGAAUCUUUCAAUAAUAUGGUGGCCUCCAAAGCACCUAAGAGGUGUCACUUUUCAGCUACUAGUAACCUCUUGUCUCGUGUUGGAUGUGCUGUCGCUCAAAAAAACUUGGGUAAUGCCUACGUGAGUAGAAUAUAUGCCAAUUUAGGAAUAUCACCCGGAAAGGUGUACUUGAAAGAGGCUAUGUCAAGGGACACUGAAAGAAAACGUCAGCUGAUAUACAGUAAUAAAAAAGAAAAUAAACUUAGAAAAUUACAAAGGAAAUCAAAGAAAAGGUUGGAUCUUGGCAAGAAAGAAAAGAAAGAAGGUACUACAUAUAAGACAGCAGUGGCCAUCUCCCACCAUGCAGACGACACCUCAAUUCCAACAUACUCUCAGCCACCAGAGUUAUCCCCAAUUACCUCAGCUGAAAAUGUUGUGUUUUUUGAUAUAGAAACAGGCUCUCUUGCUAAAGACACAGACAUAUUACAAAUAGCAGCUUGUUAUAAAGAUAAAACAUUUGAACAAUACAUUCUUCCAAGGAAACCAAUAGCGCCAUCAUCAUCCAGAGUUACCGGACUUACAGCAAGUGGGGGUGUUCUUUUUUUACAUGGGUCCCCUGUCCCAGCAAUACCACUGAAAGAAGCUUUAAUUCGUUUCCUAAACUGGUGCCAAGAUAUAGGACCAGUAGUGUUAAUCGGACACAAUCUGAAACGAUUUGAUUUUCCUAGACUACUGAUGGCAUUUCGAGCAGUAAAUAUGGAAGCUGAAUUUACAAAUGCAUGUUUAGGUGGUGUGGAUACGCUACCAAUUUUCAAGGAAAUUCAUCCUGGUAUGGAAAACUACAGACAACAGUUCUUAUAUGAAACAUUACUGAAUAAAAAGUACUGUGCUCAUAAUGCCCUUGAUGAUGUUCUGAGUCUGCAAGAAUUAUAUACUUUUUCAAAUGUGUCACAUAAUCAGAUCAUAAAAUCAAGUUUCUCAACAGUAUGGAAUUUCCAAAAUUUGACUUACAAGGAAGUGACCGAGUGUAAUGAAAAAACAAUGGAAUCCCUGGCUACAAAGAAAGUUCUGUCAAAGCAGAUGAUUACUAAAAUUGCAUGUUCUGGACUUGAAUACAAACAUUUAGUGGCAGUUUUUCUCAAGGAUGGAAAAAAUGGCCUGAAACAACUUUUGGGUGAAAAAAAGGAUGGUGUUACACGAGUAACAUCAUGCAAAAGAGUGCUAGAUUCUUUGACAGAUCAUUUUAUUUCUGAACAAACUUGACAAUAGAUAAAAUUGUAAAUAUGUAUAUUGUUAUGAAGAAAUCAAAGACACCAUAUAUACAGUGUUAAACUGAUAUAAUACUUAUGGAAAUUACUGAGUGGUAUUUCUAGUGACUAAAAGUGAGUCUGUGACUGAAAAAUUCGUAAGGGGUAUACAUACAAGAUAUCAAAUAUUUCAAAACUUUUAAUGGUGACACAGUGUUUUCUGUACAUUUUCUUGUUGCUUAUGUAUUUAUCUAACUUAUGGCCAAGUUUGGUAUGUUUCCUAUUUGUAGUUUUUAUAAAAAUUCAUCUUUUCUGUGAAAAGAUGCCAAAAUAUUCGAAAAUUCCAUAAUAAAAUUUAGCAAGUUAUAAGUUUUAUUUUGUACAACAAAAUGUUAAUAAAGUUAAAACA